AUGGUGAGAACCUUUAAGUUUAUUGAUGAACACAAAAAACGGUGUUCAUACAGCGCCAUGGCAACAAGCACACACAGUAGUCACAGCUGUACAUUUAAACAUGUCAUAACCAACACCAGUUUGGAUUCACCUUUGAUUAAAACAGAUGACAGCCUUGCUCAAGACGUGCAGCGCGAAAGCGUGAAUGGUCAUUUGCUGGCACCAGAAGAUGGUUUGGGAAACAAAUCGACGGGCCUAUCGAGGGCUCACAGUUUCCGUCCUGUGGAUAAAGGAUAUGCUUGGAUUAUUCUCAUUGCCACCUUCCUCUCUCUAUUCAACUUGAACGGAUACACCAAGUCUCUGGGUAUUGUCUUCGUAGAGUACCAGUCUAAAUUUGGAGCCAAUGCUUCAGUCACGUCAUUGAUCCUGAGCCUGACGGAGAUUGUUGGCAGCGUUGGAGGUUUCUUGGUCAUGGGAUUAAUGAUGAAAUAUAUGUCUGCAAGGGCGGUAACUAUGAUAGGCGCUGGAUUUUUCGUUGCAGGAGUUGCCGGAAAUAGUUUAUUUUCCGAAAUUGAAUACCUUAGUUUGACACAGGGCGUUUUCUUUGGUCUCGCUGGGUGUAUGAUCUACGGACCAGUUCAGUACGUCCUGACUCAAUAUUUCAUAGAAAGGCGUCCCUUAGCAACUGCCAUAGCAUCAUGUGGAACUAGUCUCGGUGGAGUGGUCUUCCCCUUGCUCAUCCGGAAAUUAUUUGACGAGUAUUCAUUCCAAGGCGGAAUUCUUACAACUGGCGGCUUUCUUCUUCAUUCCCUAGUCUUCGGCGCCCUGAUGACGCCCAUUGAGAACUAUGACAAUAGCGGUUGUCGUAAACAGCACACUUGCAUAUCUCAGCUGAACUGUUUGAUGAGGAACACCAAAAAAAGUAAACUCCAUCACGACAUCACGAAUGAAACUUCAAGCAACUUUCUUCAACAAAUUUCAAAGGACAAAUCGUUAAAUAUCUCUAGCAAUUCUAAUGACAGUUCUACAACAGAAAGACUAUUGCAUACAAUCGAUAGUACAGAUACGGAAAGACAAUCUUCCGAUAAUGGAAAGCAUGAAGUUAGAUGUAAAGAAUUAUCAACUGUUAACAAAAACAAAAUUAAUGAAUUAACAUCCAGAGAACUAAAACAAAACGAAUCCCUUUGUAGAUCUAGUAACACUAACUCAAGCAAAACACAGCGGCGAGAGAUAAAAGAACUGACAAACAAUGAAAUCAUGUCAUAUCCUGAUCUGACCAACAGAGCUCAUAUAUCAACCCAAUCAGGAGACAGACAAGAAUCAAUUGACAUCAUGAUAGUGAAUGACCACAACGCUACGCACUUGGAAGAGUUUAAAAAGCCUCCAACAGUGGUGGACAUACUUUGCAGCACAUCCACUCUUCAAAUUCACUUGGUUGGUCUCGCUGGUGAUGCGAUGUCUCAAGAAAAUCUUCUUUCGGGGAACAUUCUUACUCGCUUCAAGGCUUGGUGCGCCGGAAAAACAUUAUUGAAUUCAGCCACCUUUUGGGCCUUGGCCUUCAUGUUCUUUUGCAGUCUGUCGGGUCACGCUAUCCCUCAGAUGUAUAUCCCUGCGCUGGCCGAAGAACGUGGUCUGACAGAGGUCGACGCGGCGCUGUUUCUCUCUAUCAUGAACAUCCUGGACUUCGUCUCACGCCUGUUGGGGGGCGUUGUGGUCAACUUUGGCUGGUGUCGUCCAAUUCGAGCUGGAUUGCUGCCCAUGAUCAUAGUGGGAAUGGCGGGAUACAUGACGUCAUUUUGUGAAGACUACCAAAGUCUAUUGGCGAUAGUGGUUGCCUACGGUCUAGGAGUUGGGGUUCACUUCGCUCUGCAGACAUUGAUAGUCAUUGACGUCUUGGGUGUUGACAACUUGCGUGUUGCUAUCGGGUUCUUUUACCUAAUGAUGGGCAUAGGAGCAACUAUUUCAUACCCUAUUUGUGGCGCCCUGAGAGUUCUAACCGGAACUUAUUCAGCCACUUACUACUUUUUGGCCACAAUGAAUAUGGUAGCCGCUUUCAUAUUGGGUGUGGUGGUUCCUUUAUGUCAACGAUUGGACAUGAGGCGAGGCGUCUUAGAUAAACCAAGAGAGACAAAUUAGCACUAUCUAAAUUAAAAGAUCUUGAUCUUGACUGAAAUGAAUCAAAACUUCAAACUGUUAGAUUGAUUAUAUAACACUUUCGCAGCGCCACUUUAAAACGGGCUUUGCACAGAUUUAGUGAUAAAUGGAUUAGCGCAUUAGACCAAGACCAUUCAUUAAAGAAGGCAUCAACACUGACCUGCAACGUCACAACCUGAGGGCAGUUAAGAACAUUAGCUCAUUGCCACGUCGUACAGACUUAAAAAGACCCCUGGCAGACAACGUCUUUGUCUGUAAUCAUUCUUAAUCUUCGGAAUCGAAGACAGUACCGUAUAUGUGAAUCAAUAUAAUAUACUGAUUAACAUCAAUUAGCGUCAGAAAACUUCAGCAUCCCGAAGUUAAUCUCCAGAAAGUUAGGGUUAGUGGGAGGUACACUCGACAGAGGAUUCCUAAUCAGGGCUGAAUCAUAACACUGAAUCACCAGGUUGUUUGCUGAUCUGGCUGCACACAUAGACGGAUCUUGAAACAAAUAUAAUGUUUAAAAAAAUGAUAGCUGCUCUGUGAGGCUUAUGUUAAAUAUUAACAAAUCCAAUGUUAAUCCAGUAUACAGUCAUCCAUGAAUUAUGAAGUCUAGGUUUUCAGUUUACACAUUUUGUAACGUCAUUGAUUUCUAUCUCUGUGUCUCGCUUCAGUGCAGAUCUGUUAUAGAAGUUUUAGUUCUUGCAAAUCUCCUACCGUUGUAAUCUUUAUAUUUUUCUCUCCCCUCCCCCCUCACUCCUCCCAUUCAUUCUAGGUCCUACCUAGAGUAUAUGGACAAUCUUAACAAAGGAUAGAUACACCAGGGCCUUUAAAGGUGGGCAAUGUAUUGGUCUGGGUCAGCCUCUUACGUUGUUUUGUUGUUGUUGUUGCUAAUUCGUGGUUUUUGAGGAUUGAAGUCCCUGGUUUAACGUGGAUACUCGCAUUAACCGAGGAAAGUAUCGGCGAUGGUCGUUGGCUAGCUGGAUAAUAUCCUCGUCAACCCUUGGCCUAGUGACGUGAGCUAACAAGGGCCGCAUUGUCUUGGAGACUUUUUUUCUAAAUUUCAUAAAAUGUGUUAUGUAUCUACGAAUCAAAGGUUUUCAGAAUAGCAGCAAAGAGUUGACAUGUCAGGCGUGUCAAAACUAGAGAUCGCACAGUCUCAUUAUGACAGUAAAAAAAAAAAGUGGAUGAAUAAGAUUACUUCUUGGGUUAACUUGUUUUUUUAGAGGGACUGCCAUGUGUUGUUGUUUUUUUUUUGUUUUUUUUUAUUUCUUUGCUUUUACUUUUUAUUAUUUUUUUUUUGUUUUGUUAUGCACGCAAUCCUCAGUAUAAAAAGAAGUAGAUCGUAAAUAACAUUUUUAUAAUAAAUCUGAAUGGAGAAUUAAGCUCCCGCGACUACUAUCAGGUUUACAAAAUAGCGAAGUCUUGAGAAUUAAGUUUUACGUGUGCUGAAGUG